GAUGGCUGCCUGCUACUUUUAGCAGGAUCGGUGGUAUCCGGGAUAUUGGGUACGUACCCACUCUGAGGUUACCCAAUUAAAGUAGGUUGUGGACGUCCCAAGGAAAUCGAAUAGCACUAACCCUUGUUGCAGUGUUGGCAUCACUAGACUCCACUUCCGCGUUUUCAAGCAAGCCAGCUAAACAUCACAGCUUCCGCCCCCUCCCAACGAGAAUGGAAAUCAGACUGAAACAGUGCUGAAUAUUAAUUGAACUAGCUAUGUAAAGAGUCUCGUAGCUAGCUUAUAAAGUGGACGGACCAUUCACUGUCAAAACAUAUCCUUGCUUAAACAGUGAAGCAGCUUUCAGGUGUUUAACCAAUCACUCUCACUCGUCUUCAGGAGGCAAUGGGGGGGGUUGGGUAAUGGUCGUCGAGGGGGGGCGGUCUCCUCCUCUUAUGAUUGGUGCUCUGAUCGCUUGUGUCCUCGUCCUGGGUUUCAACUACUGGGUGUCGAACUCACGGAUCUUGGAGUUACAGACAAAGCUGUACGAGUUGGAGGCGCAGAUGCGUCGGGCGGCGUCAGAGCGUGGUGCAGUGGAGGUGAAGAAGAACGAGUUCCAAGAAGAGAUUCAGCGGCUGAAAGAGGAGAGCAGCCGCAUGCAGAGCCUGAACAAGAGGCUGGAGGGAGUCCACAACACCUGUAGCCAGGAAAAGGCAAGCCAACUGAUAAAUAUAUCGUCCAGCACCAAAGCAAUACAGGACCUGAAAAGUCAGUUAAAUGAGCUAAAUGAGGACCUGGGUAAAGUUCAGAAAGAAUUCCAGAGUUGCCAAGGCAAUCUGAACACCCUGAACAAAAAACUCACCUAUGACAUGACUCAGUGUAACACUCAGAUACUAGCACAGAGGGAGGACUGUGCUGAAAUGGUGGCUGCAGCCAAGCAGGAAGUUCAAAAGAAACUGGAGAUGAAGAACCCAGCAGUGUCCUCCCAGACAAAUGCCGCACCCACACAGAAAAUUGGCUCCACUGAGGUGGGCGUGUCAGAUAAAGAGGGGCCUGGGAAGGCAGGGCUGGAUGACACUAAGACCACUCCUGUCCACGGCCACACCCCUGAACCAUCAGCGGCCAAAGGUCCUGCAGUGGACCUCAAAACCUCAGAGCUGGAGACCAAUGAGAUCGCAGUAGACAAAGCUCUCGACACUCCUGCGCUAUCCCCUAAAGAGUCCCUGCCCUCCGCUGAUGCUAAGGGGGACCAACCGGGGCCUGUAGAGGGGGCCAGUAAGCCCCAGAAAAAUAACCUGUCCGAGGACACGGAGCUGGAGGUGAUGGACACACACGGAGGAGAGCCUCAGAUAGAGGAUGCCGACCCUGGUGCUGAUGACAUUCAGCUUAGUCCUGAUGCCGACCCUGGUGCUGAUGACAUUCAGCUUAGCCAGUGGAAGGAAGAAGAGGCUCCUAUUGGUCAGGAGAAGGUGGAGGAUCCUGAGGAGGAUUACGAUGCAGACAAGCCGAUAGUGGGCGGGGUCUACCCAGACCAACGGAACCAGAUGGCUGAGAACAUAGAUAAGGAGGCUGAACGGGAAAUGCAGGAAGAGCUGGCGGACUACAACGGAGACGACGAGAAUGAAGGAGAGUUUGAGGCUGACAAACAGGCAGAGCUCGCUCAGUUCUGAGGUAACACAUACACAGUCUGUUUUAGUGAGAUAAAUAUCUAAUUUUUGGUCUUGUUAGGUGGUUGGAGAAAGGUGGGAGCUAAGACCCUCCUCCAUUCACAAUCCACUACCGAACCAGGGAGGGACUACAGCUUCUCAACAGAACUGUUGUCAAGACUACAGUCUGUGUAAGACUUCUGCUCUUUCAGUGAAAGCAUCUCACGGUUCGCCUUAAUAUACUUAAGUCUUCUGCAGUGAAUGUAUAAAAACAGACUUUGGAUCUCAGAACUGCUAUGUGAAAUGAUAGUUUGUAUGUGAUAACAACCCAGAUCGUGCUGUUAGAGAACUGUACUCCGAUUUACUCAUCUAAUCAGCAAUUCUGAUUCACUCUUUAGUCUUGAUAAUGACUUCAUGUGCAGUUAGUUACACUUAGCAGUUCUUACAGUAGUUUCAUAAACCAAUAGAAAAUGAGAUGUCAUGCUGUAUGACAAUGUGAAUAAUGUUUUUGUUUUAAAAUUUGAAAUGUUUGCAGGGAUCAUUCAACCCUGCAUAGUCAAAGCUUGAUGGUCAUGUGUCCUGCACACCAUAGAAUAACUAUUUUGUAACUUGUUGGUAAAAGUGGCCUCUGUGCAUCCUUGGUGUACCAGGCAGACCCACUACUGUAAAUGUUUCAGAUACGAUUUUCUUUUUUUUAUAGCCGACUCAAAUGGAAAUGAUGGUUGAACAUGAGUUAGAUUUUUUUUCUAUUUAGAUUGUUACAAUGGAUUUGUUGCUUACUGAACUGUUAAAUAAUCUUUUUUUUAUUGAGGAAAUGUAGCACAGAAGGAUGACAAAAUAAAUCAUUUUAAUACCAUA